AUGAUUCCCAUGGAGACCUUCAGUGAAGAACAGCUUCUACAGCCCAACUGCCUCUACCUUCAGUUGUUUUUCAUCAUGGAAUUGACCAAAAUGUCAGACAUGACAAAGCUUCAUCAAGCUGUGGCUGCAGGGGACUACAAGUUAGUGAAAAAGAUUUUGAAGAAAGGUCUUUGUGACCCAAACUAUAAGGAUGUGGACUGGAAUGACCGAACCCCACUUCACUGGGCUGCAAUCAAAGGUCAUAUGGAGGGGAUGCAACUCCUCAUAGAAUACGGAGCCAGGCCCUGCUUGGUAACUGAUGUGGGCUGGACCCCAGCUCAUUUUGCAGCUGAGUCAGGCCAUCUGAAUGUGCUCAAAAUUCUCCAUGCUUUGCACGCCGCCAUUGACGCCCCUGACUUCUUCGGAGACACACCAAAAAGGAUUGCACAGAUCUACGGGCAGAAAGCUUGUGUGGCUUUCCUGGAGAAGGCCGAGCCUGAGUGCCGGGACCACCGUUGCAGGGCCAGGCAGAAGGGGCUGCCACUGGAUCAAUGGGAUGAAGACUGGGAUGCCAAGAAAAGGGAGAUGGAGCUGUCUCUUCCUUCUUCGAAUCAAAACAGUACUAAGAAAAAGAAUAAGAAAAGGGAGAAUACCAGUGCCUAUGCCACAGUAUUGCGUGGACUAAAUAAGCUAAUGUAUGUCAAGCAUUUAGUACAAUGCCCUUCACAUGGUAAUGUUAUUGAAUGUCAGUUGUGGUGGUGGUUAUUAUUUUCACAGCCUUCAUUGUCCCAGAUAGGUAACAACGAAGAAUGGCUUGCUAGUGAGCAUUAG